AUGGUCUCUGGCACAACCCAUGCCUUGCUCUCCUUCGCUGGAUGGUCGGUCAUCCCAGACAUGGCCACUUCCCGCCUCCUCCAGUUCGUUGUAAACCCCAUUCUUUUCACCUACUUCAAAAUACCGCCUCCAUCACCCCAAAUAUUGCGGUCUACCCUCCGCUACCGGCUUACCUUUGCGUUUGUUGUCCUUUCAUACCUGGCGUACUCGUUGGUGCAGGGGGCGAACAGCAUCGAACGGAGCUUCUACGAAAUGAUGCAAGUGAGCGUAGAUGUUGACGAAGCAGGCCUGAAGGCUGCUUUUAAGGGCUUCGCGAAGAGGUAUCACCCCGAUAGGCCAGGUGUGGGACGAGACGGGGAGGAGUUGUUCAUGCGUGUGCGAACAAUGUUUGAGGCGCUUAAAGAUCCCGUCGUGAGGUUCGCGUACGAUAGAUUCGGCCCAGACGUGCUGAAGUGGGAGAAUCUUUCGACGGAGAGGGAAUACCUCAGACACGGCCUGAUCUACAAUUCCGGAUACCAUAUAGUUACCUUCCUGGGGCUGCAGUUCUGGUCUGCAAUCGGCGACCCGAGCCCCGUCGCUUUCUGGCGCUACAUGCUCUACCUAUCCAUCCUCGUCUCGGAAGUCAGCCUCAUCCUUAGCCCCUCACCCAUGGUCUCUUCCUCUUUCACGUCAGCGUUCCCCGACCCAGCAAUUUCGCCGGCACCACAGACCCUGCUCCACAUCAUCUUCCCGCAGCGCGUGGCGUACCAGCACAUCCUCUUCCUGCACCACCUCUUCGUCUUCCUCACAAUCGCCCUCUCGCGCGUCGCGCCGAUGCUCUUCCCAUCGACCGACAUCACAAGCUUCCUUCGUGGCAAAGGCGGCAAGAUGUUCAUGGACAAGCUGAACGCUAUCGCAAGCGUCACGGACAAGGAAACAUCUAUCAUGCUACACACUGAACUGCACUCCGCUCACCCGUUGAAGGAGGCCGACCUCGAUGCGGAUCGGCCGACGCUCAGCAAGAUGCGACCGAUGAUUGAGUUGGACGACGAUGUGAUGGAGGCGCUGACGAGGGAGAUGCGGGACAUGAUCAUUGAGGCGAAUGUCAGAAAGGAGACGGGGCCUAUACAUCGCGCAUGGAAGGAUGCUAUUGCGAGGGGGAGAUCAGCGGCGCGGUCGGCUAUGAGUAUGAUAACGAAAGACAGGCCUCUCGGUUCAGAAGAAGGGAAGAAAGACAGCGGUGACGCGGAUGGCUGGGAAGGCUUGAAAGGUGAAAACAAACUCCCGUCACCUAGACCGUCACCACCGCCCCUGGUUUCCCUUGCCCCCCGCCCAACCGUCAAUCGCAGAGCAUCCGGUUACGUGAGAGCCAGGAGCGUCAGCUAUUGA